AUGGCCUUGCAGAAACGCCGAUCGGACCUCGCCCACCUUCGCAGCUCAGUAGUCGGCGCACGUGUCCAGGCCGCCAUCCGAUUCGAACAACAGCACUCGGCCACCCUUCGCGACUUCAAUUUCCACCGAGGCUCACUUGUCCUGAUGCGCAACACAGCCAUAGAAAAGGCGCUCAAUCGGAAGAUGCGACCACGGUACUUGGGACCAUUGCUGGUGAUUUCUAGGAACCGAGGAGGAGCGUAUAUUCUGGCUGAACUUGACGGAUCGGUCUUUGAUCGGCCAGUGGCAGCAUUCCGCAUUAUUCCUUACUUUGCUCGCAGAUCUCUGAAGCUCACCGACCUUGAAGCCCUCCUCGACAUCUCACAAGCACGCCUUCGGGCCAUGGAAGAAUCCAGAUCGAACGACGACGACGCUGAAGACGACGAGGCCGACGAAGAGGAUACCGACACUAGCUCCAUCCGAUCAGCAGAAGACGACAAUGUGGCUUCGGCGACUUCCGACUAG